GAAAAUGCGAAAAUACCGCCCACAGUUGGAAGUGUUACACAGAUUCUCACUUUCAACAGCGCCCAUUGUUAUUAAAAAACAAGAAAAAGUGCAUCUUUGAUCUUUUUAUAAGUGCCAAUCUUCUUUUGUCAAAACUCAUUUAGCUUCAAAGUCAGAUCAAUUAAAUGGCUUCUGCUUCUGUUUUUGGCAACGUUGUUCAAGCUCCUGAAGAUCCUAUUCUUGGGGUUACUGUUGCUUAUAACAAGGAUACCAGCCCUAACAAGUUAAAUUUGGGGGUUGGUGCUUAUAGAACUGAGGAGGGGAAGCCUCUCGUUUUGAAUGUAGUGAGAGAAGCUGAACAGAUGCUAGUAAAUGACCCGUCUCGGAUCAAAGAGUAUCUUCCCAUUGUUGGACUUGCUGAUUUCAAUAAACUGAGCGCUAAGCUUAUCUUAGGUGCUGAUAGCCCGGCCGUACAAGAGAACAGAGUGGCUACUGUCCAAUGCUUGUCUGGCACUGGUUCUCUUAGGGUUGGUGGCGAGUUUCUUGCAAGGCAUUACCACCAACUGACAAUAUACAUUCCACAGCCAACAUGGGGAAAUCAUCCCAAAAUAUUCACUCUAGCAGGUUUAUCUGUAAAGACAUAUCGCUACUAUGAUCCAGCAACACGCAGGCUGGACUUCCAAGGCUUGCUAGAGGAUCUUGGAGCUGCACCUGCAGGAUCUGUAGUGCUUCUCCAUGCAUGUGCACAUAAUCCAACUGGGGUUGACCCAACUACUGAGCAGUGGGAGCAGAUCAGACAGUUGAUAAGAUCAAAAGCUUUUUUGCCUUUCUUUGACAGUGCUUAUCAGGGUUUUGCAAGUGGCAGCCUGGACGCAGAUGCACAACCUGUUCGCAUGUUUGUUGCAGAUGGUGGUGAAUGUCUUGUGGCACAGAGUUAUGCAAAAAAUAUGGGACUCUAUGGGGAACGUGUUGGGGCCCUCAGCAUUGUCUGCAAGACAGCAGAUGUGGCAAGUAGGGUUGAGAGUCAAUUGAAACUUGUGAUCAGGCCCAUGUAUUCUAAUCCGCCUAUUCAUGGUGCAUCUAUUGUGGCCACCAUUCUUAAAGACAGGGAUAUGUAUAAUGAAUGGACUGUAGAGCUGAAAGCAAUGGCUGACCGAAUUAUUAGCAUGCGCCAGAAACUAUUUGAUGCUUUAUCUGCUAGAGGCACUCCAGGUGAUUGGAGUCACAUUAUCAAGCAGAUUGGAAUGUUUACUUUCACUGGGCUGAACUCUGAACAAGUUGCAUUCAUGACCAAAGAGUAUCACAUUUACAUGACAGCCGAUGGGAGGAUUAGCAUGGCAGGUCUUAGUUCUAAAACAGUCCCUCAUCUUGCAGAUGCUAUACAUGCUGCAGUUACUCGAUUUGGUUAAGAUCACUAGAUUUACAUAGUUAAGAGUUUCUGACAAUGGGCAGUACUUCAGAGUUUUUCCCAACUUUUCAUACUUGAUCAGAAUAUGCAUUUUUGAAUUUGGGAUAGUUUUGGCAUUUUGUAUUGUGAUGUUGCAUCUUUCAUUCUGCCCGAGAUUCAAGAGUAGCAUGCUUAUCGAGUAAAACAAGGACCAUGUGAUCUUUCUAUGUCUUAUUGUAGUUAUUGAAUCAAUCGCCAGAUUCUUCUUAUAUAAAGAAAGGAUUAUUUUCUCUCUAUGUA